AUGAAUCUGUACCUGCUCACCUUGGCUCACCUGGUUUGCGCCGCGGCCGCGGUGAGGCGCGUGUCUGUGGAGCGCUGGGAGCGGGAGGAAGGCGCGGGCUCGGGGCGCAGGACCUGCCGGCUGUACUGUCGGGUCGGGAUCGGCUUCCACCUCCAGAUCCACCCGGACGGCAGAGUGAACGGCAGCCAUGAGCCCGACCGGCUGAGCGUCCUCCAGCUGUUUGCUGUCUCUCAGGGGGUCAUCGGGAUCAGAGGCGUCCACAGUAACCGAUUCUUGGCCAUGAACAAGCGAGGACGACUCCACGCCACUGAAACGUUCACGGACGACUGCAAGUUCAGGGAGCGAUUCCAGGAGAACAGCUACAACACCUACGCCUCGGUGGCUCACUGGAACUCCCGGACCGGCCGCCAGUGGUUCGUGGCCCUCAACAAGAGGGGCAAGGCCAAGAUGGGCUCCAGCCCCCGGGUGAAGUCGCAGCACGUCUCCACCCACUUCCUGCCCCGGGCCAGUUGGCACCCCGGCGGCGAGAGCGGCUUCACCAUCACGGACAGGAACCGGGAGAGGAGGAAACCUGCGCCCGACGCCCACGUCCCGCCCGGAGCGGCGCCCAGGCCCAAACCGGUCAGGUACUGGCCCAAGUACCGGCUGGGGUAG